AUGGGAGUACAUUCUCUACGCACACGUUUGACUGGUUCGGAUAAGCGCUUCAAAAACUCACCUGAUCCCACUGCAAUUGAUAUAUCCUUGAGUUGGAUUGAAUUAAAAGUACAAGGUCUGGGAUACUGCCAGGCUUCUAAAGCUCAGUCAGGAGAAGUCGUGAGGCAGAGGUCGGGUUCAAACCACGGACCUUCCGGCCCUGAUUCUCUUCGGUGUGGAUUCACCGGAAUAAUUACGCCAGAACAGGAACAGAGCCGUUCAAACGAGAGUGGUGUGACUACGAACAAGAAGAUUGGUUUUCAAGAUAGAAAUCCGAGGACAUACGCUCAGGCGUAUGUGCGAAACACAUCAAGGCUAAUCGGACCUCUGAGUAUCUCGCGUACUACAGUGGCAUCCUCGCUUACUUUAUGUUUUGUCCCGUACGGUGCCACCCGCGACCGUUCCGCUCCGCUUGUUUUUCAGAGUAGAAAAGGACUUGCAUUCCUGAAAAAAGACGAGUUUUGUCAGGACGCACCCAGACAUGGGAAAAGUACAUGUGCAGAGAGUGACGCAUUCUCAAGAUCACCAUCGGUACGACAUGUCCGGAAAGCAGGUGCGUUGGCGGAGCCCACCAAACACGGCUUAGCAACAUACGACCAGCGGAGUGGGCCUGGAGGUGUUCACGACCGGAACACCGCCAUUGACUGUACCGAACGAACACCCAAUAAACAGGAGCUUCUUGUACCAAAUGGUGAUUGCAACCAUGGGAUUGCACCACGUAACCUCCGUUUUUACUUAGAAAGUGUCUCAAGCGAGGGUGUGGUCAAUCCACAACGAAAUGGCUCAAGUGGUUGGAACGCGAAUUUACUGACCGGAAGGGCCAUGGUUCGAACCCGACCCUCGUCUGUCGACUUCCCGUGUCUAGGCUUGAGCAACCUGGCAGUAUCUCAGCCCUCGUGCUUCCUUCGGGUUGCAUGGCAGUUAGGCACUGACAGGGUGCUACAGCUGAACGAUUAUUAUAUUAUUUAUUUAGGCUAUGAUUUGGACUUAAAACCCAAAAAGGAUGAAACCGUUGCAUUGAUUGGCCUUACCCAAGAAAAAAUCGUUCAGCUGUAG